AUGGUGCAACCGAUUAGGACUGGUGUUAUUGGCGUCGGCUCCAGUGCUAUUACCUUUCAUGUUCCUUUCUUACUGGCCUUGCCUAAUCUGUUUGAGGUAUACUCCGUUCUUGAGCGCAAAGCAACAGACGAGCAGAAGAAGAGUGGCGGAACGAUUGGAGCCAAAUUCAAUAUUCCAGCCAUUCGUGUAAUUAACACCAUUGAGGAGUUCUUGGCUGACCCCGAGUUGCAACUCGUCAUUAUCACUACGCCCAACGAGACUCACUAUCCAUUUGCCAAGGCAGCUAUACAAGCCAAGAAGCACGUUCUCUUGGAAAAACCCGUUACCCCAACUUAUGCUGAAGCAAAGGAGUUGGAUUCUCUAGCUAAGUCCCAAGGUAUAAUCCUAAGCGCAUUCCAGAACAGGCGAUGGGAUUCAGACUUUUUGACCUUGAAGAAGUUGGUUAGCGAAGGGAAGCUCGGAGACCUUGUUGAAUUUGAAUCACGCUUCGAUCGUUACCGCCCUUCGCCUCGUACAACUGCAUUCUGGCGCGAAGCAGCCGGUCCAGGAGCGGGCCAUACGUUUGACUUAGGCCCUCAUCUAAUCGAUCAGGUCCUCCAGCUUUUUGGUCGCCCAAAUCGCCUGACAGCAUCCAUUCAGAACUUGCGCGGAUUCGGAGGACCAGCUAUCGAUGAUACGUUCUUGAUCCAUUUCUAUUAUGAUACUAAGCCGUAUCCAAUUCGUGCGACCGUUGCUGCUUCAUCGUUAUCUGUGAAGAAGUCUCAGCUUCGCUUCAGUGUCCGGGGGUCUAAAGGAUCCUAUGAAAAACGAGGCCUCGACCCGCAAGAAGAUCAAUUGAAAGCACGGAAAGUAGCGGUACUCGAUGCGCAAUUUGGUCGUGAGGAUGAGACUAUCGCUGGUAUAUUGGACUUCGUCAAUGAUAACGGUACUAUUGAAUCCACCACUGUAACAUCCGAGAAGGGGUCCUACCAAAGCCUGUUCGAGAAUUUGGCUGGCGCGAUUGCCUCCGGAGCUGAUCUUCAAGUGAAAUUUGAGCAGUCUGCAGCUGUGAUUCAAAUGAUCGAGUUAGCCAUGCUGAGCUCAAAGGAAGGUCGCACGGUGGAGGUGCCGGCUCCGUAA